AAAUACAAUCCACCGUGUCCAUAAAAGUCCUAUAUCCUUCUCGUUUAGUUUCAUUAUUUAACACCAUUUCUUAAAACUAUUUUCAUACUCGAUCAUUCACUCUUUAAUAUUUCAAAUGGCAUUAAGCAAAGAAGUAUCCCAAGAUAUUUUCCCCUAUCUUCGUAUCUACACAGACGGAACAGUCGAGAGAUAUGCCGGAACCGAAGUUACACCGCCAGGUUUCGAUUCUCAAACUCGCGUUUUAUCCAAAGACAUCUCUAUCAUUUCUCCCUCUGCAAGAAUCUAUCGUCCUCAUGAUGAUUCCAUUACCAGCAAUCAAAAACUUCCUGUUUUAAUAUAUUUUCACGGCGGAGCCUUUUGUAUUGCGUCACCGGCUGAACCCAUCUACCACCGUUUGAUGAACCAGGUAGCUUCACUAGCUAAAGCCAUUGUUGUCUCUGUUGACUACCGGUUAGCUCCUGAAAACCCACUUCCCGCUGCUUAUGAGGAUUCUUGGGCUGCCCUCCAGUGGAUAUUAGGCGGCGGCCGCGGGGAGCCAUGGCUCGAGGAAUAUGCAGACUUUGAACGGUUGUUUUUAUCCGGCGACAGCGCUGGUGCUAAUAUCACACACCAUUUAUCCUUGCGGGUCAAGAAAUGUGACUUGCGUCCAAAUACGAAGGUUAAAGGGAUUGCUAUGAUACAUCCUUAUUUUUGGGGUAAAGAUCCUAUAGGUAAUGAGGUUGGUGACACUAUUAGAAGAGCAAUGGUUGAAAAAUGGUGGAUGUUUGUUUGUCCGUCUGACAAAGGGUGUGAUGAUCCCUAUAUUAAUCCGUUUGUUGACGGAGCUCCGAGUUUAAAAUGUGUUGGUUCUGAGAAUGUGAUUAUUUUUGUUGCUGAAAAAGAUAUAUUAUGUGAUAGAGGCAAGGCUUAUUAUGAUAAUUUAGUGAAAAGUGAGUGGCAAGGAAAUGCAGAAAUUGUGGAGACACAAGGAGAAGAUCAUGUUUUUCACAUCUUUAAUCCUGAUUGUGAAAAUGCCCACGCCUUGAUCAAGAGAUGGGCUUCUUUCAUCUCAUAGUAUUAAUUUCUAUAUAUUUCUUAUUUAAGACACGUCGAUCCUUAUUUAAUCGACCAUUUUUAAAAUAUUAAAAUAUUAAAUCGUGAAAUUCACUCGUAUAAGAGUGAUAUGUGUAAUAAUCCGGAUCUAAACAAAAAUUACGGUGUCUUUUCAUAUGAA